AUGAAGUUGGUAGCCUUGCUUGUUUCACUACUCUUGUAUGUGACUACAUUACAAUAUUCUUCACUUAAUGUUGCUUCUGACUCUGCAGCAGAGGCACUGGCACUCCUCAAAUGGAAAGCCAGCAUUCAAAACCAAAACCAGUCUGUUUUGCCUUCUUGGAAUAUUUCUACUGCUACUGCACCCAAUACUUCCACCCACCUGAAAACAAAAACAAAUCCAUGUGCUUGGUUUGGAAUCCAUUGCCGCAAUGCUGACACCAUUAUGAGGAUUAACCUCACUGGCUAUGGUGUGAAAGGUACGCUCCAUACAUUUCCAUUCUCAUCUUUGCCUAAUCUUGCAGAAUUAGAUCUUAGUUUCAAUGAACUCUAUGGCACAAUCCCACCUCAAAUCAGUCAGCUCUCUAAAAUCACCUACCUUGACUUAUCGUCCAAUAAGUUGUCCGGGCAUAUCCCACCUGAAAUUGGCCACCUUAUACAUCUUGAGACCCUCCACCUUGCCGAAAAUCGGUUGAAUGGCUCAAUUCCUCAAGAAAUUGGUCAGCUCAAAUCGGUUACGGAGCUUACCUUGUCCACCAACAAUCUAAUUGGUUCCGUUCCUGCUUCUCUUGGUAACUUAAGCCAACUUGUGACCUUAUGUCUGGAUGAUAAUUUCCUUUCUAGUCCCAUUCCUCCAGAAAUGGGAAACAUCACGAAUUUGUUUGAAGUUCACAUGGACACCAACCAUCUAACAGGUCCCAUCCCUUCCACUUUUGGAAACUUGAAAAAGCUAUCUGUGCUUUACAUAUUUCACAAUCAUCUUUCUGGAUCCAUCCCUUCUGAAUUAGGGUAUAUGAAAUCUCUCACUGAGAUAUGUCUUUAUCAAAAUAAUCUAUCUGGUUUGAUCCCGACCUCAUUAGGUGACUUGAGACUCCUUACACGUCUCCAACUUUAUGAUAAUCAACUUUCUGGUCCCAUUCCUGAGGAAAUAGGAAACUUGAAAGCCCUUGUUUAUCUAGAGUUGAGUCAAAAUCAACUCAAUGGUUCAAUUCCUGCUUCAUUUGGUAAUUUGGGAAACUUAGAAACUUUGUUCCUCCGAGACAACAAACUUUCUGGUUCCAUACCUCAAGAAAUAGGAAAUUUGAUGAAAUUGACCAUGUUGGAAUUAGACCAUAACCAACUGACCGGCAAUUUGCCCCAAAACAUUUGCCGUGGUGGAACACUUCGAUACUUCACAGCAAAUGACAACCAUCUUGUGGGGCCAAUCCCUGAAGGGUUGAAAAAUUGCACGAGCUUGCUUAGAGUCUACCUUGGAGGAAACCGACUAACUGGGAAUAUAUCUGAAGAUUUUGGCGUUUAUCCCAGCUUAAAAUUCAUUGACUUAAGUGACAAUGAAUUUUAUGGUGAAGUGUCGUCUAAUUGGGGGUUGUGCAAAAGUUUACAGGCCCUAUCUAUUGCAAGGAACAAUAUCACUGGCAGAAUACCACCUGAGAUUGGAAGCUCAAGUCAGGUACAUCUCCUCGAUCUUUCCUCCAAUGAUAUAGUUGGGGAGAUUCCAAUGGAAAUUGCAAAGUUGACUUCUUUGACUGCGCUUUGUUUGAACGGGAAUCAACUUUCUGGUGGUAUACCCCUGGAACUAGGACUUUUAUCUAACCUUUUAUAUCUUGACUUGUCUGCAAACCAACUGAGCAAGUCGAUCCCUGAAAAUAUAGAGAAUUUGUCCAAAUUAUACUACUUGAAUUUGAGCAUCAACAAAUUUAACCAAAGAAUUCCGAUUCAAGUAGGCAAGUUAACUCAUCUGAAUCUGCUAGAUUUGAGUCACAACAUGCUUUCAGGGGAGAUCCCAGUGGAAUUUCAUUCUUUGCAGAGCUUGUCGGUUUUAAAUCUUUCUUACAACAAUCUCUCUGGUGAAAUCCCAGCCUCUUUUGAGCUGCUCCAUGGCUUGUCCUCUGUUGACAUAGCAUAUAACGAGCUGCAGGGUCCCAUUCCCAACAACCAAGCAUUUCAAAAUGCUUCAAUAGAAGCAUUACGAGGGAACAAAGGUUUGUGUGGCAAUGUUAGCGGGUUGCCACCUUGCACACCUUUUUCUAGGAAGGGUCAAAACCACAAGACCCUCUUCACAGCUUUAUUCCCUCUUUUGUCACUUGCUGGUCUCUCAAUUUCAUCAGUUGCAUUGUUUUCCAUCUUCAAAAAGAGGAAGAAAAAUGCGGACGAAGAACGACAAAUCAGUGUGAGUGAUGAAACUUUUUUCUCAAUAUCUUCCUUUAAUGGAAAAGUACUAUAUGAAGAGAUCAUUAGAGCUACCAAGGAUUUCGAUGCUCAAUAUUGCGUCGCGAAGGGAGGCAAUGGAAAUGUAUACAAAGCAGAACUGUCAUCGGGUGACACUGUAGCCGUGAAGAAAGUCCAUCCAUUGCAUAGUGGUGAAAUGGCAGAUCAAAAGCAGUUCCUAAAUGAGGUAAGGGCAUUAAUUGAAAUCCGCCAUCGAAAUAUUGUGAAGUUCUACGGUUUUUGUUCCUUUGGAAAGCAUUCCUUCUUAGUUUAUAAGUACCUCGAAAGGGGUAGCCUGGCUUCUGUUCUAAGGAACGAUGAAGAAGCUAAAAAAUUGGACUGGGAUAAGAGGGUGAAUAUUGUAAAAGGUGUAGUUAACGCCCUCUCUUAUUUGCACCAUGACUGUUCACCACCGAUUGUUCAUCGAGAUAUAACGAGCAGCAAUGUUUUGCUUGAUUCGGAGUUUGAAGCUCAUGUUUCAGACUUUGGCACUGCUAAGCUUCUCAAUCCAGACUCAUCCAAUUGGACUAAUGUUGCUGGAACAUACGGAUAUAUUGCACCAGAGCUUUCCUACACAAUGAAAGUGACUGAAAAAUGCGAUGCGUAUAGUUUUGGUGUGCUGGCGUUGGAAGUGAUGAUGGGGGCGUAUCCGGGUGAUUUUCUCUCCAAUCUAUCGCUUUUAUCUGCUGAAGUGCACCUUCCACUGAACAAUGUGUUGGACCAAAGGCUUUCGCCUCCACUGCCAGAAGUUGAGAACAAACUCGUAUCCAUCAUGAAGGUGGCUUUUUCAUGUUUAGAUAACAAUCCAGAAUCUAGACCGACCAUGUACACUGUUUCUCAGCUCUUUGCCGACCGAAUCUAGUUGGUGCUAGGAUCCUUGGAUCUACAUCUAAGAGGCCACCCUUUAGAAAUGUUUGGUAAUGAUUGAAUGUUGUUUGUUUAGUUUUGUGUACGAUCAGAGGUAAAAGGACUAGAAUUUUGGUACCCUGAUGUCAUAAACAUUUUGGUACUCCAAUGAGAGCAGUUUCAUACCCUUGUGUGUAACUGUUCAUCAUUAAUUCUAUUAUAGUAAUUGAAUACAGAAAAAAAUGGUGCCCACCAAGCUACUUGUUCUUAGUUACAUGUAAGAAUAUAUAUUUCGUUUUGAAA